AUGGCCAACUGGGAUGACCCUAUUCUCUAUGACAUCAAUGCAAAGAACAACCUAGAAUCACAGGUUAACAUACAAACCAAGAACGGGAGCUGGGUGGAUUUGUUGCUCCAGUUGGGUGGAAUGUCUAACAGCUCUGCUAUCCAGGCCUAUCAUGUGAUGCAAAAGCACCCCAACAAGGGAUUCAUUCCUGGUGUUUGUCCUGGCCUCUUCAAGUGGUCCAGCACCGGAGAAGCUCACGCUGAGCGGUCUGAAAUCUUCCAACUGGAGAACCCCCAAAUGAGAGAUACUGGUCACCAUUGGCCCCAAAGGACCAAAAUGGAUGAUUGUGCAGUAUCAGGUUGA